UUGUAUUAUCUUAUCUUAAAAUACAAUUAACCGUCCAGACAUGAACAGUUGAUGUCUGAAUAUAUUUAUUGGGAGUGAAGAAUUAAAUUCUCUUUGAUUCUAUUUUAUUUGUAAACUCAGUCGACUGUUUGUAGUAAAUAAGUCAACAUAUCGUGCCCGGUUUUGUUUUGAAUUAUUGCAAAAAAAACGUCAUUCUGAAUAUUUAAUUGGCAAUGGAAAAAGUUAAAAAUCCGCUCUCACAUUUAUCGUACAAAUAUCCAACAUACAGAGAUGAUAAGAUAAAAUCAGGAAAAAAAUGGUUAGAUGGAAAACGAAUUGAUGACAAUGCUGAAGGAUUAUGGAGAGUUCAUGAUAAAUUAUACGACAUGACAGAGUUUAUCGACCGCCAUCCAGGAGGUGCCGAAUGGCUUCAACUAACAAAAGGCGUUGACAUCACAGAACAAUUUGAGACUCAUCAUAUAACGGAUAAAGCCUCGAAAAUGUUGGCGAAAUUUUACGUUCGUGAUGCGUCACUUCCAAGAAAUUAUAAUUUUACAUUCAAAGAAACCGGAUUUUAUCGGACACUAAAGAGAAGAGUAGCGGCGAGAAUAAAUGAUCUUGAUUAUACGCCAAAGAAAAUUUCGAAUGUAACAUCUGAUUUGGUUAUGGCAUUGAUAUUUGCAAGUGCUGUUCUAGGUGUGAAAGCCGAUAACAUUUAUCUAGGAUUGCUUUCGGGAACGUUUCUACUAUUCAUGCUUGUAAUUUCUCAUAAUUAUUUUCAUCAGAGAGAUAACUGGCGAAUGUUUUGCUUUAAUUUGACUUUAUUGAACUAUCGUGAAUGGAGGAUAAGUCAUGCAAUGUCACAUCAUUUGUAUACUAAUUCAUAUUACGAUUUAGAGAUUUCUAUGUUUGAACCAUUCCUUCAGUGGAUUCCACGACCAAAGUCAACCAAACAAAAAGUGAUGUCAACAAUUUUCAGUCCUUUGUUUUGGACAAUUUUAAUAUUUGUUACAGCCAUCUCGAGAACAAUCGGAUAUUUUACGAAGCAACAAGAAUUUAAAUUGGAUCAUUUGAUACCAUUGUCACUUCCAUUGGCUAUGUUUUACUUAGGAAGACCCGACAUUCUACUUGUACUAAAAUAUUGGGCUGUCAUUGUUGCAACUUGCAGCUUUUUAGUUGGCUUGGUUGGUUUAAAUGCGGGACAUCAUCAUGGCGAUGUCACUCAUGAAGGAGACGAAUUGGAUAAAUCGAUGGAUUUUGGGAUUUACCAAUUAAAUUGCGUCAUUGAUCGUCGAGAUGUCAAGCAAAGCCAGUUUUGGACUUUGGUGACUUUUGGUCAUCACACACUUCACCACAUGUUUCCAACACUUGAUCAUGGAGUUCUUCCGCAACUUCACGACACGUUCAUCGACACUUGUAAGGAAUUUCAAUUGGAACUCAGGGAAUACAGUUGGUGGCCUUUAAUCGUUGGUCAGUUUGAACAACUGCAAAGAACAGAACCUAGAACCUUAAAAGAAAUGAAGCUGAAACACUGACAAACACAUCAUUAAUGAUUUUGAAUCUGUUUUCGCAGAUAUUUCCUUACAACAUGAUAGAAAUAAAGAGAACAUUUGUUUCUUCUUAAAUUCCUUUUUCACAAGCUGUUUAAGUGAGAAAUUUUUUUCGUCUACUUACACACUUCAUGCCCGAUGAAAAAUAUCAGUUUCAUGUUAGCAUGACGAAGUAAAUGUCAUGAUAAUAAAUUAACUUAAUUAUCUCUGAAUUUUG